AAAUGGCAGACGUACAUAUGCAAGGCCAAAACAGAGCUACAACCACUGGCUCCCCAGAAGCAUUUGAUAUUGAAAACAGUAGAGAGGUGAUGGAAGAACCUCCCAAGAUGGGAAAGACAUUCAAAACGCCAAGGAGCGAGCAUGGAGAGGUACAGGACAUUUCACAUACCUUGGCUGAUGAGAAACAUGAAAAGGAUAGUGCAAGCGUGAUUUUUAUCCAGAAGUUAAACAGCUCAUUAAGAAACAGAGUAACACAAUUCCUGCUAAUGAACUGGUUUAAACUCCUCAUUGCAGUUCUGAUGCUGACAGCUUUGCUAAUUAUAAAAUAUGGAGAAUUUGUACAAAAGCUUGAUGUUGAGAAGCCUUAUGAUAUCGCACAUAACUGGCUUCUUCCCUUGAACUUAUUUGCGAUGGAUCACCCAUAUUUUAGAGACUCUUGGAUAGCGACAACUUCAUUCCUACUAGAUCUCCAAUUCUUCAUUGUUAUGAUAAAUUGGUUUAAAGAUGGGUAUUCAAUGAGGACCCCAGUCAGCUUAAUUAUGUUCUAUGCUAUCAGAGCUGUUAUUCAACAGCUCUAUGUACUACCAUUUCCAGAGCAUAUUUACUGGGAAGAUCCAGGAUUCCCAUGUCUCCUUAAUAUCUACGGGAGGCAGAGUGAUUUCUUUUACUCUGGACACAUAGGCUUUUGCCUAAUGUGAGUGUUUGAAAAUUAUAAUCUAAGGGCAACAAAAUGUAUGGCUUUCGCUAUUUUCUCAACUUUCUUCGUUGGUUUCACCUUGCUGACUUUCAGAGUGCACUACUCUAUUGAUAUUUUCACAGGAAUUGUCAUGACCCACUACUGAUACAUCAUUGUAGGGAAGGUAGUCGACAAAUUUGACGCUGCCUGACUCAAUCAACAUGUGAGAAAUAUGAACCCUGGGGAAAAAGAAAAAGCUAAAGAUCAAUCAGAAACCACUAGCUUUAAGGAGUAAAGUUUUUCCGCAUUGCCAGUUCUUUCGUAAUUUUCAGUUA